CGGCUCGUCGGCUUUCCCCACGAGCCCCCAUCCGUAUCAGAUCCAGCCCAACCCCCUCCUCAGUCGAGCAGCAGCAAAAGGGAGCAGCAGCCUGAGAAUACACCACAAUAGUUUACGACUAAAAUACACAGUCGUAACGCAGAGAGAGGAGAGAAGGGUAGAAUCAUCUCAUCACACUCCAUCUCCUCGAGACUAAAGAAAAAGGGGAGAGAGAGAGAGAGAGAGAGAGAGAGAGAGAGAGAGAGGAAGGAACCCUUCGUCCUCGUCUCCUCGACGCCGCCUCACUUUUGUCGCCCACUCCUCGUCGGCGGGGCAGGGCCGCGCAGCGAGAAGACCGAGGAGGAGGAGGAGGAGGCUGAGGCGGGAGCGGAAGAGUGGUUGGGGUGGUUUGAGUUGGGGGUGGGAGUGAGGUGAGGGAUGCAGCAGCGGAGGGCGCAGACGUGGGCGGGGGUGGGGAAGACGGCGCAGGCGGCGGCGGCGCACGCGGCGGUCUUCUGCUUCACGCUCCUCCUCGCGCUCAAAGUCGACGGCCGCACCGCCUACUCCUGGUGGAUUAUAUUCAUUCCGCUAUGGCUAUUUCAUGGCAUUGUUGCCCGCGGAAGGUUUUCAUUGCCAGCCCCUUCGCUUCCUCAUGGCCGUCAUUGGGCACCUUGUCAUUCAAUUGUUGCAGCACCGUUGCUUAUUGCGUUUGAGCUGCUGCUUUGCAUAUAUCUCGAAAGUCUGAGAGUUAAACAUCUCCCGGCCGUUGAUUUGAAGAUUGUAUUCCUUCCUCUUCUGGCCUUUGAAGUGAUUAUUCUAAUUGACAAUUUUAGAAUGUGUAGAGCUUUAAUGCCAGGAGAUGAAGAAAGUAUGAGUGAUGAAGCUAUUUGGGAGACACUUCCUCACUUUUGGGUUGCAAUUUCUAUGGUGUUUCUUAUAGCUGCUACAACCUUCACACUUUUGAAGCUGUCUGGUGAUGUCGGUGCUUUGGGAUGGUGGGAUUUGUUUAUAAAUUAUGGAAUUGCGGAGUGUUUUGCAUUUCUUGUUUGUACAAGAUGGUUUAAUCCCAUGAUUCAUAAAUCUCCUAAUCCUGGGGAGGCUAGCUCAUCAUCAGUGGCAAUUAGAUACCGUGAUUGGGAGAGUGGUCUUCUCCUCCCAUCACUAGAAGAUCAUGAACAAGAGAGUCUCUGUGGUCUUCCUGACAUAGGAGGUCAUGUAAUGAAAAUACCUCUGGUGGUUUUCCAAGUUUUGCUUUGUAUGCGCUUGGAGGGUACACCACCUAGUGCUCGGUAUAUUCCGAUAUUUGCACUGUUCUCCCCACUCUUUAUUUUACAAGGCGCCGGUGUCCUUUUCUCUCUAGCAAGAUUGGUGGAGAAGGUUGUUCUGUUAUUACGAAAUGGACCAGUUAGUCCUAAUUACCUUACAGUCUCAUCAAAGGUCCGUGAUUGCUUUGCUUUUCUUCAUCGUGGUUCAAGGCUUCUUGGUUGGUGGUCUAUUGAUGAAGGCAGCAAAGAAGAGCAGGCCCGGUUGUUCUAUACUGAAUCUACUGGGUACAACACGUUUUGUGGCUAUCCACCUGAGGUAGUCAGGAAAAUGCCUAAGAGGGAUCUUGCAGAAGAGGUAUGGAGGCUUCAAGCAGCUUUGGGAGAGCAAUCAGAAAUUACCAAAUGCACCAAGCAGGAAUUUGAAAGGCUCCAAAAUGAGAAGGUUCUUUGUAGGAUUUGCUACGAGGGGGAGAUUUGCAUGGUCUUACUUCCUUGCCGGCACCGAACUUUAUGCAAGACUUGUUCUGAUAAGUGCAAGAAAUGUCCAAUCUGCCGUAUGCCCAUUGAAGAACGCAUGCCUGUAUAUGAUGUUUAAACUUCACUAACUCAGACGAACAUUACAAAUUUGUACAUGUUGGUUAUGCGAUGACCGCGCCAUGUAGGCUCAAUCACAACUUUAAGCUGAUUGAGGUUUGCACAAGUUCAGAAAGGUUUACCAGAUAUGGAAGAAAUAUAAAUUAUAUCAUGUCUAACCAAAAGCAUGCAAAGGUAGUUGAUGAGCAGGAUCCAAUUAUCUACUGUAAGUAUGUCAUCGGUUGUUUUAACUUUCUUUUUCGGUGAUCGAUAGAUGCUCCAGUUAGAUUGUGUAGCAUCUUCUCAAUGAUAUGCAUUGUCUGAAUGUAAAUAAGAACAUUGUCUUGUUUGAGUGUAGAGCUCCAUGGUUGAGAAGAGGAAAAGAAAUGUCUCCCUCC